CUCACAUUAAGGCGGGGACUGGUGGGUGUUUUACCGGCAAAAAUUCACAAAUACUCUCACUGCGGUGACUAUUUGUUGAGCCAAAUAUUUGUGCUUUUAGAGAAACUUUGAACGCGCGCAAUGGCUGAUACGGUAGAAGUGGAAGUUAAGUCACCCAACGGGGAGGCUCACCUCGACGACCCGGUGCCCAAUGGACUGAACAGCGGGAAAAAAGGCAGCUCGGAGACGACGUCCGAGAAGGUGCGGAGGAUAGUCAUGGCCAACCUGCUGGUGAUCCUCACCGUGGCUGGGGUCAUCAUCGGUGUUUUCAUUGGGCUCGGUGUGCGCAACGUGGCGCUCACCAGAACCCAGAUGAUCUACAUCGGUUUUCCUGGUGAAAUACUCAUCCGUUUGCUGAAGAUGAUCAUCAUCCCCCUGGUGGUGUGCAGCCUGGUGUCUGGGUCGGCCAGCAUCGACCCCAAAGCCCUGGGCAAACUCGGCGGCUGGGCCAUGCUGUUCUUCCUGGUUACCACCUUGAUCGCCUCAUCCAUCGGUGUCAUUAUGGCUUUCAUCAUCCAACCUGGGUCGGUGACAGUCAGCAAACCGACGAUGACAGACAUGGAUGGCAGCGUACCUCAAACUAAAGAAGUGGUUGACUCAUUCUUAGAUUUGAUCCGAAACAUCUUCCCCUCCAACCUGGUGUCUGCUGCCUUUCAAUCAUAUGCAACCAGCUACAAAAUGAUUACUAAGAAUGGCACAGAUGGAAACUUGAGCAUCACAGUGGAGAAGGUGCCGUUUGGAAUAGACCAGGACGGCAUGAAUAUUCUUGGUCUGGUAGUGUUUGCCAUUGUGUUUGGUGUGGCUUUGAGGAAGCUGGGAGAGGAAGGAGAGAUCCUGAUUAAGUUCUUCAACUCCUUCAAUGAGGCCACCAUGGUCCUGGUCUCCUGGAUCAUGUGGUAUGCCCCUCUUGGUAUCAUGUUUCUUGUAGCUGGUAAGAUCGUUGAGAUGGAGGAUGUUGGCACACUGUUUGCCAGCCUGGGGAAAUAUAUAGCCUGCUGUAUGAUUGGACAUGCCAUUCAUGGCUUUCUUGUGUUGCCCGGCAUCUACUUCAUCAUUACAAGAAAGAAUCCAUACACCUUCCUCUGGGGGAUAUUCACAGCUCUGGCAACAGCCUUCGGAACAAGCUCCAGCUCUGCCACCCUGCCUCUGAUGAUGAAAUGUGUGGAGGAAAAUAACGGCGUAUCGAAGCACAUCAGCCGCUUUAUCCUGCCCAUUGGAGCUACGGUCAACAUGGAUGGAGCUGCUCUCUUCCAAUGUGUGGCUGCUGUUUUCAUAGCUCAGCUGAACAGCUAUUCUCUCAACUUUAUUCAAGUCAUUACCAUCCUCGUGACAGCUACAGCAUCCAGUGUUGGAGCAGCAGGUAUACCCGCUGGUGGUGUGUUGACUCUAGCUAUCAUUCUGGAGGCAGUCGGAUUGCCCACCAAUGACAUUUCUCUGAUCCUGGCUGUUGACUGGCUUGUUGAUCGUACCUGCACAAUACUGAAUGUAGAGGGUGAUGCCUUUGGAGCUGGGCUUUUGCAGUUCUUUGUGGACCGUACCAAGCAAGAUGAUGGAGCAGAGCUGAGUGAGGUCAGGCUCGGAGACCAAUCAGCCAUGGCACCCGAGCACUCCCCGCUCAUUGAGAAACGAGGUGGGAGGGACAACGCAGAAGGUGCUAAUGCAGUGGUCCCCCAUGAAAAAGAGUCUGCCAUGUAAUCCAUCUGCUGAUAUCACCAGUGAUCCCCUCAUAUAUCUGAUGCUCCCCUGAGCUGAAACCUGAGGUUCUGGCCCCCUUUUCCUUGUUUUCUGCCUUGAAGAAAAGAGUGUGUGGAGAGAAGAUGGACGUGCACACUACAAUGCAAAGAAAAGCCCUCAGUCCCAAUAACAAACGUCAUGAUGGAAAUUCAGAAUCCUUUCUGUGCACGUUUCCUUUUUUUUUUUUUUUUUUUCUUAGGGACAGUAUUGGUUGGUCCUCCUCUAUUUUAAAGGCAGAAUUUUACCAUCUGACCAAGUCCUGUAUACAGUUAUUAAUCCGUCAUAAAUGGGAUUAUCAAAUGACCAAUAUAUUCUGCCACAGCAAUAUAUAUUGUGUUAUGAGUCCCUGCAAGAAGUUGGAGGUAAUGGCAAAUGUUACAAAUAGUAGAAAUAUUGGUCCAUUCAUGAUGCAGAAAUGCAAAUUUUAGUCCACUGUUACCUCUUCGUACCAUCUCCUUUUAAUUAAAACAUGCAUGAGUAAACCACUGGUAUUUAUCACUUGCUCGUCUUGGUAACCAUUUCCUGGUGGAAAAUUUCGACUUUAAAAGUUGACGAGGACCUUUGUACAGUACAGUUUGCUGCACCCAGUCUGCAUUAGCCAGACAGUCUUUAUAGUCUUCAUCUGGAAACCAUUACAUUCAA